AAUGCAGCUUCAAAUGUAUUUCAUGCAGAUCUUCAACUUUGCAAGUGCCGUGAUUCGCAUCUUCAACCUGAUUUGCAUGAUGCUGCUGAUUGGGCACUGGAACGGGUGUCUCCAGUUCCUCGUACCCAUGCUGCAGGACUUCCCCGAGGAUUGUUGGGUCACCAAGAACGAACUGAAGGAUGCCCACUGGGCAACUCAGUACACCUGGGCCCUUUUCAAAGCCAUGUCGCACAUGCUCUGCAUCGGGUACGGCAAGAGACCCCCGGAGAGCAUCACAGACCUGUGGCUCACCAUGGUCUCCAUGAUCUCAGGAGCGACGUGUUUCGCUCUGUUCAUCGGCCACGCCACGAACUUGAUCCAGUCCAUGGACACGUCUCGGAGACAGUACCAGGAAAAGUUCAAGCAAGUUGAAGAAUAUAUGCAGUACAGAAAGCUACCUGUUCACCUGCGCACAAGGAUUCAGGACUACUACGAGUACCGGUACCAGGGUAAAGUGUUUGACGAGGAUAACAUCCUGGAGGAGCUUUCCAUACCGCUCAGAGAGGAAGUGAUCAACUACAACUGCAGGUCCCUUGUGAAAGCGGUACCUUUCUUUGCCAAUGCUAACCCAGAGUUCGUCACCGAUGUAGUCACCAAGUUGAAGUAUGAGGUCUUUCAACCUGAUGAUUUUAUCAUCCGGGAAGGCACCUUCGGUGAUAAGAUGUAUUUCAUUCUUGGAGGAACAGUGGACGUGCUAACAGCUGACGGUGAGGUUGUUACCACAUUGCAGGACGGCGCUUACUUCGGAGAAAUUUGCCUACUGACACGGGAAAGACGGAUGGCCAGCAUCCGAGCGGAAACUUACUGCAACCUGUUCUCACUCCACGUCGACCAUUUCAACGAAGUGUUGCGAGAAUACCCCAAAAUGCGUGAGCACAUGGAGGAGGUGGCACAGGAGAGACUCAGCAGAAUAGCACAAAGGAAUAAGAAAAUAUCAACACCCCCAACCACGUAUGGCAAAUCUCACAGCAAACUGAGUCGGAGUAACCUGAGUCUGUGUGCGACUCCCAGCGGAUCCGGCGGCCCCAGCGUCCCGCCCAAGGAGGUCAUCACGGUCCCUAAGUACAAGAGCAUCCGCAUCAUACCGACAGGGGACGUCCUGACGAUCGAUAUUGACGACCCCGAAGACGACUACUCCAAACCAUCUUGACCAAGCUGAGAGUGCAGCCAAUUAUCUUAGAGAGCCAUGUUGAUGUAUAGAUAAUAUCCCAGGGAUUAGUCUUUGGCAGUCACUGUGAACGUAGGAUGAUGUCCGAAGCAAAUGCUGUCCAAUCUGUCUAGAAAAAGGUGUAUAGUGUAUGCUGAAUGUAAGAUACAAGAUCUAUACUGUCUGUCUCCUUUUGUUGCAUGUAAAUUAAUGGCCAUGAAGAUUAUCAUAGUUUGAUGGUUGGAGAGCAGAAAAAGAGGAUAGAGAUUGUGUGAACUAACCGGACUUAAUUCACAUGUACAUCUGUUUAUACUUGUCAUGUAGUAAGCUUUAAUAAAUGUUCUUCCACACAUUGUAACAGGUGGCUAGCAAUGUGUGUUAAAAAAACACUGGUUCAGAGGUAAUUUUUCUGUACAGGCCUCACAUGAUUCCGGAUAAUUGUUUGCCAUUCACCAUACAAUGUUAAAAAAUGUAUCUGUACAUGUAAUGUAAAGAAGUGUAAAGCGUUUUUGUGAUCCAGACACAUUAAGUAAGAACAUUUCAUGCUUGUAGGAGGUAUACAGUCUCCCUGGGAUGAGGUUUUAUCUUUACUGUUUAGAAGUUGAUGGUAGAUACACAAGGAGGUUGAAAACUCCAUGAAAAAGGCCUUGAUUUUUACAUCUUUAUGAUGUCAGACGUCACAGAUGAAUGCCUUCUGCAGGCCAAGACAAGAUGGUGUCAGAACAGUGACCUUUCAAGAGUAUGUGGAUUGAAACAAACUACAUUACCCCAAAAAUGAUUGAGUUUUCUAGUAUCUUUGUUAAAAAUCAUGAAUGCCCACUACCUAUCAAUGUGUUGUUAUUAUCCUUUAUGUUCUGUCCUUAUGUCCAGAGUUAAACAAAGGCACAAGUAUACUGAGUACACCAGAUCAUUGCUGUGUGAAACUAGUGAACUUAGUCAUUUAGAGGAAACAUAUAUAACUACUGUAGCAUAUCAAAGGUUUCAGGGACUUACACGCCAGCAGAUAUCACUUGUUUGGUUUGUUGUUAACGGUUGUGAUAAGGUUAUCUGUAGCAUGUGUCUGUAUAUUGGAAAGCUAUAUAUUAGGAUGUACAUGUAUAUCAAUGGUGCAGAGGACUUGCCAUGGGUAACCCAUUAACAGCAGAUUAGAUGCAUCUCUAUUAGGGCUGCAUACUGGCAUGGGGUACUGGUAUGACACCAUGAAAAUCUGUAAAUGUACUGUACAUGUACCAAGAUAAAAUUAUUCAAUACUCAAUUAUAUCAUUUUUUGACUAAAAUAUGCACAAAACAUACCCACCUCAAAGAUGCAAAAUAAUAUAAUUUAGCACGGGAAAAAGAUGAAUACAUUGUAUGGGCAUCAGCCCAUCUUUGAUUUGAGAUCCUUUUGCAAAAGCAGGUUCUUUGCAUGGGAAUACCAAAAGACCAACUAAACAAUCUGUUAACUGUAAAAUUUGUCAUUAUUAAAGAUUGCAGGUUGUUUUGUUUAACUGUUCAGGUACAUGUCUGGACCUGUACCUUACAAAUGUAACUCUGUUCCAGUACCUGAUGCUACGUUUAGGUAUGCAGCCCUAAUCUCUAACCCAUUUCAAAUCUGAUUUGAAAACCUGCCAGCAGCCAAAUUGAGUUUCCACCAUGUUUUGAGGCAGCAUUAAAAAUACAUUUUGUGAAGGAAGUCACACAGACAUCUAUAAUCCACCUAGUUAUAAAGACUAUCUUUAACUGGCAUGUACCAUGUAUCAACGAAGACUGAAAGUUAUGAAUAUAUAUGUGGUUGUGCCUUACCUUCAAAUUCAACACUGAUUUUUUUUGGCUUCAUGGAAAAUCUAGGUGAAAACCUGUCUAUGCUGACUCAUAGAUCAAAAGAACCAAAAGUACAAAUCUUAACAAUCUCUGAUUUGAACACGAAAAAGGUUUUCACGAUUUAUUUAUAGUCAAAUCAGAAGUAUAGAGACAAGACACAAGAAUGUGUGCCACUAAUCUAAUCUGCUGUGAGUGCCAGAACCUAUCCUGCAGGACAGGGGGAACAUAUAGGUGUCAACAGUCCUAAUGAGUGUGUUUGCUGUGAAUAUGCAAUUAGUAGUCAGAUUCAAGAGCUGACCUCUACGGAGAUCUAUCUAAAAAUAUGCAAAUUGCUAGACUGGAGGCUAGAUAUAGACUUUCUUUAGACCACUGUGUAUAGUGCCUGGACAAACACUUAGAUGCAAGAACUCUUUUUGUACAGCCAAUCUUCAGUAUAUUUUCUUUCUUGUAGAAUCAUUGAUGACACCCAGGGUUACACAUUAGCCUGGGGUAUGUGUUUAAAAGCAUCUUCAUUUUAUCCAGUGUUGUGUAGAUGUACAAAAUGUACCAGUGGCUGGCUGCAGUGUUACCUUGAGAUAUCUCUAGCAUGUACAUUGAUGUUUGUUCAUUGGAAGUACAUGUCACUGUCUAGGUACUAACAGUUAUUUUGGCAUGCACGAGCACAGGUAAGUAGGGCCAUUGGGCCACCACCAUUGCCAGUAACAACAUUAACACUGUCAGACAUUUGAAGCCUACACAACAACACUGGACAGGUGCUUCCUGUCUUUUCACUGGCCUGAUGCUGGCAAAAAAGCCAACCAUUCAUUCACGACAAAAACAUUCAUGACAAAAGCACCUCAGAGAACAAGCCAAUCACUGGUUUACCCUGUUUUGCAGUUUACAAAUUUGCCUGAUGACCCUUUAGUGAUAGCAAAUAGAGAAAUAGUUGAAAAACAUAAUCUCCAAGCAGAUCUUCCAGCUGAAUGUUUUCUCUGACUGCCUUGUUUUCAGAUACACUGUCCACAGAUAUAUUUUUGCAGUUAAAAUUUUUGCAUGUUAAUGAAUGAACCCUUUCUGUCUCACAACAUAU